AUGUCGCGUUAUAGCGAUUACCGCCGGUCCACCGGAGCGUUCGACCAGGAUGCGGACCGGUGGGACGCCGAGCGAUUCUCGCGAGAACGCCAGGAUCGCAUGCACUCGCGAGGCCCCCCGGUUCUCGAACGACCCCGUCGAAUGGAAGAUGAGCGCUUUGAAUGGCGCCUCCAGGAAGAUGACCGGUACGGACCCCCUGCCCGCCGGCCGGGCAGGUCUUACGACGACGACCACCUGGUGCAACCAUCGGGGCCCCUCGUGGCCUACGACCGCCGGGGAGAGAGCCCUCCGCCCCGCCCCCGCCUCCUACGCCGUCAAUCCUCACUCGACACCUUCGACCGCAUCCCCGCGCGCAAGCUCGACGAGUACUACCACGCCCCCAGGGGAGCACCCAGCCCGCCGCCCCGGCGCCGCCGGUCGUUUCGCCGGUCCCGCGAGUCGGAUUCCUACGACGCUAUCCACAUUGCGGAGCCGGACUACUAUGGCGACGAGGAGUUCCGGGGCUUUCGUGAGCGGGAUCUCGUUACCCCGCCGCGUCGCUCCGGCAGUCGGUUUCGAGAGCGUGUGACGCAGGAGGUCGAGAAGCCUUACCCACGCAAAGGCAAGACACGUAUGCCCAAGAAUCUGGUUCAUGUUCGCGCUAUCCGCGAGUGGCAGUAUCCGUACCACGAAGAGGGUGACAUGGUCAUCAUUGAUCUGGCGCUGUCAAAGGAGCAGAUUGAUGAAGUCAUCGGGCGGAGUCGCGAGAUCAAGCGCCAGAGUGAGAUUGAAUUCCGACGCCAGAGUCCUUCACCCGUCCGCCACAAACACCCAUCCUCCCGUACGAUGGAACGACUGGUGAUGGAGCGAUCGUCUCCCCGCAGCAGUGGGGACACCCUGAUUAUCGAGGGAUCGCCCUCGCGACACCGCUCACACUCCCGCCAUUAUGACCUGUCUGAGAGACGGAUCAAAAGGACCGUCUCGCGGUCCCGGUCGAUCUCAGUCCACGGUCGACAUCGGGGACGCUCCUCCCCAGUGCGCAUGGUUGGCCUGGUGGGGCGCUCUUCUGACGACCGCGUUGAGGCCGAAAAGCCCCGCACCGGCCCGCUGGCCGUCGUGGUGCGACCGCGCAGCAGUGACGACGAUCUUCGCGAGUAUCUAGAACUGGACCGACUCCAUGGCCGAGGGGACGUGGUCCGCGAUACGCGGUUGAUGUUGGGCAAUGGCGAGCAGGAGGAAAUCGUCGAGACGAGACAGGAUCGCAAGGGGGCUGUGCAGGCGUUCGGAAAGAACCUCAGCGCGAAUUUCUCGCCCUUUGCUGCGCGCACCCAGCAGAUGAUCAAGGAGCAGCUGGGCCAGGUAGAGGACAAGACCCAGCUCCCCGAUGAGUACAUCGAGCUGGAGAAGCGCGUAGAUGCUCUGAAGCUGGUCCAUCAGAAGCUGUUGCAGGUGACUUCCCAGUACUCCAACGAGCCCUACGACUACCCUCCCAACAUCCGCGAGUCCUUCAACGACCUGGGCCGCACCAUCAAUGAGAAGGUCCAACUGCUGUCGCAGGCGGCCUCGCCGGCAGAGGCCCAGGCGGCCCUGACCGCGCCCCCGUCCGCCAAGCCGCAGCCCAAGACGUUCAACCACGCCAUCGCGCGUGCGUCGCUCGCCGGAUCGCAGACGCUGGCGCAGAGCUCGACCGGCGAGGACCCGCUGGCGAGCGCCCUUGAGAAGUACGCCCUGGCCUCGGAGAAGGUCGGCGAGGCCCGUCUGGCGCAGGACGCGCAGAUCCAGUCGCGCUUCCUCGCGGGCUGGAACACUACCCUUAACACGAACUUGAUGUUUGCCGCCAAGGCCCGUCGCAAUGUUGAGAAUGCCCGGCUUAUGCUUGACUCUGUCAAGGCGAGCAAGAAGGCUGCUGCUCGGGGUGAUAUGGAUAACUUGAGCGAGGAGGCCCGCGCGGAGAUUGAGCAGGCGGAGGAUGAGUUCGUUGGUCAGACUGAGGAGGCUGUGAGCGUUAUGAAGAAUGUCCUCGACACCCCCGAACCCCUGAGAAACCUGGCGGACCUGAUUGCGGCGCAGCUGGAGUUCCACAAGCGCUCGUACGAGAUCCUGAGCGAGCUGGCGCCUGUUGUCGACGGGUUGCAGGUCGAACAAGAGGCCAGCUACCGUAAGAGCCGCGAGGGCGCGUAGAAGAUCCACGUGGAUCCUCUUAUAUCCCUUCCUUCUUAUUUUUCGUCGUCGUCUUCUUCUUUCAUGUCUCAGUAUUCUUUGUCGAGAUUCACCCCCGUUGCACUUGAAUGAGAUGAUUCCCGUCCCCAUGGAGAUAUGGGGACUUGGUUGGAUUGCGUAGCUUAUCUUAUGCGUGUCA